AUCCCUGCGACGCUUUCCGCAGUUUUUGCUGAACAAAAUGUUCGGGUGAUCAGUUGAGAGACAACUGACCACGCUUUCACACGGGUUUUUUUUUAAAGGGGGAGAAUAUCGAGAGACCCACGACACGCACGACUGUUGAUCCGGAUGAAGCAACUGCUGAAAAAGUGAAAACUUGCCACAGAUUUAACUCAAGGACAACUUCUCCGAGGCUGAGGAGAUCGCAGAAGCCAUGGCUCACUCGCUCUCUCUCAGACUGCUUUAUCUGGGCUUGAUGUGUGGAAAAGGACUGGUGUUCGCACAAGGAUCUGAGCUGUUUUCUCAAGCAUCAGAUGCAAACAAAGGACCUCAUUUAACAGGCUGUCGCUCCAGCGAGCAGGUGACUUUCCGUUGCUGGUGGAGUUCUGGAACCUUCCAGAACCUCUCUGAGCCUGGAGCCCUCAGGAUCUUCUAUCAGACAAAAGCCCUGUCCAGUGAUUGGUAUGAGUGCCCUGACUACACGCAGACUGUGAAAAACGAGUGCUACUUCAACAAGACCUUCACACGAAUCUGGACCUCCUACUGCAUCCAGCUGCGCUCGGUUCCUCAGAACACAACCUAUGAUGAGGCCUGCUUUACAGUGGAGAAUAUAGUGUAUCCUGAUCCACCAGUUGGGCUGAACUGGACUCUGCUGAAUGUGAGUCGUUCAGGGUUGCACUUUGACGUCCUUGUGCGCUGGACCCCCCCUCCUUCAGCUGAUGUGAAGACAGGCUGGAUGAGUCUGGUGUACCAGCUUCAGUACCGGGUCAAGAACAACACCUACUGGGAGAUGCAGGAGCUGGAAAGCGGCACACAGCAGUCCAUCUAUGGUCUGCACACAGAUAAAGAGUAUGAAGUGCGAGUUCGCUGUAAGAUGUCAGCCUUCAACAACUUCGGUGAAUUCAGCGACAGCGUAUUUUUGCAAGUUGCACAGAUUCCAAGCAAAGAAUCAACGUUUCCGAUGGCGCUGGUGUUGAGUUUUAUACUGAUUGGGGUUGUGAUUCUUCUGAUCUUCAUUGUCAUCUCCCAGCAGCAGAGGUUGAUGGUAAUCUUUUUACCACCUAUUCCUGCACCUAAAAUUAAAGGAAUCGACCCAGAGCUGCUGAAGAAUGGAAAGCUUGACCAGCUUGAUUCUUUACUGAGCAGUCAUGAUAUGUACAAGCCAGACUUCUACCACGAGGACCCAUGGGUGGAGUUCAUCCAGCUGGACAUCGACGAUCCUGCAGACAAGAAGAAUUCUGAUACCCAGCAUCUGCUGGGCCUGUCCCACUCGGGUUCUUCUCACAACCUUAAUUUAAAAAACGACGACGAUUCCGGUCGCGCUAGCUGCUAUGACCCAGAAAUCCCAGAUCCUGAAGACUUGGCUUCCCUUCUUCCCAACCAUUCUGAACAGGGGGAGCACCAGCACUCUCUGGUUUCCAGAAGCAGCUCGGCCAAUCCAGAUUUCCAGCAGGAAUCAGAAGUGGUGGAGACGCCCAUCCAAACACAACCCAGCUGGGUCAACAUGGACUUUUAUGCCCAAGUAAGUGAUUUCACACCAGCUGGAGAAGUGAUGCUCUCACCUGGACAACUGAACACCUCUCCAGAGAAGAAGAAGAAAGAAGAAGAGAACGAGAAGAAGAUACAAUUCCAGCUGGUUUGCGAUGGAGCCUACACUUCAGAGACCACAGCCAGGCAGUUUUCUGCAGAUGUCCCAUCUAGUCCUGGUCCGGAACAGGAAUACCAAGCAUUCCCAACUCAAGGUGUAGAGGGGAACCUCUGGAAUGGCGAUUACCUGGUGUCUGUCAAUGAUUCCCAAACACCUUACCUGCUUCUAGAACCUCCUCCAGCCCCAGUACUGCCACCAAUCUCAGACUACACCGUAGCAGAGCCUCCCUCCAAAUCCUCCUUCCUCGCUGCCUAUGGCUUAUCUGCGCAACCCAGAUAAGCAUCAACCAACUUUUUGGGAAACCUGACCCCAUGAGGGGACUAUUAAAAGCUUUUCGACGGUCUUAUUGUACCUUCUUACUGCUGGAAACCAAAGUUGCACGAACGGCGGGACAAGGGCCGAAAAUUCCUUACUGUUUGGGAGUUUUCCACAUGGGCUUUCUCUGCUGUGCGCUACAAAAUGGACGAAGCUGAAAUGUUUCCUUUCUAUCAGCCUUUGCAGAAGCGCUACGCUAAUGUGCAGAGGGAGUUUAAACGUGUUAUCGAUUUACAAUCAGCAACGCCAGCUGGUUACAUGCAACAAAAAAAAAAA